CGGGGCGGGGCGGGUGGCGCAGCGGCGGCCGGGCGGCGGCGGUGGGUAAAAGCGCGGCGUGCGGCGCGCGGCCCCCGAGCGCGCCAACCCUGUCCUCGCCGGAGCCCGUGGCGGCCCAGCGCCCGGUCCUCACCCCGCACCGCGACCCUGCACCCCGCCGGCCGAGCAUGGGCGCGCGCGCCUCAGGGGGGCCCGUGGCCCGGGCCGGGCUCCUGCUGCUGCUGCUGCUGCUGCUCGGGCUGCUGGCCGCUGGCGUGCAGGGGGCGCGGGGCCGCGGCGGUGCCGAGAAGAACAGCUACCGCCGCACAGUCAACACCUUCUCACAGAGCGUCAGCAGCUUGUUCGGCGAGGACAACGUGCGCGCGGCUCAGAAGUUCUUGAGCAGGCUGACCGAGAGGUUCGUGCUAGGAGUGGAUAUGUUCGUGGAGACACUGUGGAAACUCUGGACAGAGCUCUUGCAUGUUCUUGGACUUGACGUCUCCAACCUAUCCCAGUAUUUCAGCCCAAACUCGGUGUCCAGCAGCCCGGCCCGCGCACUCCUGCUGGUCGGUGUCGUCCUCCUGGCCUACUGGUUCCUGUCCCUGACCCUGGGCUUCACCUUCAGCGUCCUGCACAUGGUGUUUGGCCGCUUCUUCUGGAUUGUGCGGGUCGUCUUAUUUUCCAUGUCCUGCGUGUACAUCCUGCACAAGUACGAGGGCGAGCCCGAGAAUGCGGUGCUGCCGCUGUGCUUCGUGGUGGCCAUCUACUUCAUGACUGGGCCCAUGGGCUUCUACUGGCGAAGCAGCCCCAGCAGCACGAGCAGCCCCAGCGUGGAGGAGAAGCUGGAGCACCUGGAGAAGCAGGUCAGACUGCUCAACAUCCGUCUCAACCGGGUGCUCGAGAGCCUGGACCGCUCCAAGGACAAGUGAAGGUCAGCUGGCCGGGUGGGCCCGCAGUUACCAGUGCUCUGUCUCAGAAAACGAAAACGGAGGAAAAAACCCAAACCCCAAACAAUCUUAAUAAACACGACUGAGCAAGAAAGUGGCGCUGUGUGAGGGUAUUUCCACCCAUCCGGCAGCUCUCAGGACACGUUCCCAGAAGAGCAGAAAGAUCAAUGUGGAACUGCACGCACGUGUCAUCAGUGGGGAAAAUAUAUUUUUUAAACAAAGGAUAGAACCAUAUUUAGCUGAACAGUAAGAAAUUUAUCUGUGCAUAGAGCAUAAAGUUAAUUUUUUCAAGCAUUUAAAUACAUCUUUUGUAAGGUUUUUUAAUAAAGGCAGAUUGAGUCAAGUUUAUCAAAAUUGACAUGGAGGGGAAGAAGAUGCUAAUUUGACAUUUGAGGAAAGUUUAAAUGCCGUUGUUUUCGCAGCUUAGGGGUCGGUGGGUGAGGUCUGUGUGUGUUAUUUUCAUGUUCCCAAACUGUGAGCUUUAUUUCAUGUUCUUUUUGGUGGAUGUUGACUUAGUUCAUGAAUGUUGUCACUUCUAAAUGUGGACAGUCGAGCUGCGGGCUGUGACUCAGCCUCUUGGAUCCUGGAGACCCCUGCCAAGCCCCCGUCCGGCCUGCUUCUAAAUGAAGGCAUCGCCAUUUCUGGAAGGCCUGAGACUUUCUUCCCUCUGUGCUUCACUGUAUUUUAAUCUCAACAUUUUGAAAAGGAAAAUGCAAGGAGGGGCCAAGAAAUGUCUUGGGGAUUUGAUGCCAGGAAGUACCUGGCCAAGGACUGGAGGCCGCGCCAGAACCAGUUCAGUGUCCCAGUUUGCAGUUUGCUCACUAGGCCCGUCCACGAAAACUGCACCCUUGAGGGCUUUUUGUUUCAUUUUGCUUUUGUUUGCCUCAGGACCUUCAAAGGAGAACAAACAGUAGCAGCUAAUAACAUUCUCAGGUGUAUUGCUGCCGAGAAAGAUUCUCAGGAACAAUUAGCAGCAAUAAGCAAGCCUUUGAAAAGGUCUAAAUUAUUUUUCCUGAAAUUUUUACGAUACACGUUAGGUGCUUUUUAUCUGAAGUCUGUUCUGUCCUUAUUUUAGGUGGUCUCUGUGGGCAGAGAGUGGGACAUGCGAGGUGGACAGCUGUGGGGGUCCCGGGCAAGGGAGCUUCAGAAGGUGUGGGUCAGGGGUUGGUAGAAAUGCCCCUUUGCUAGGACUUUUUUUUUCUUUUGAGACAGAGUCUUGCUCUGUUGCCCAGGCUGCAGUGCAGUGACUCGGUCUCAGCUCACUGCAACCCUCACCUCCUGGGUUCAGGCGAUUCUCCUGCCUCAGCCUCUUGAGUAGCUGGGAUUGCAGGUGCCUGCCACCAUGCCCCACUAGUUUUCUGUAUUUUUAGUAGAGAUGGGAUUUCACCAUGUUGGCCAGGCUGGUCUUGAACUCCUUACCUCGUGAUCCAUCUCCUCAGCCUCCCAAAGUGCUGUAUUAUAGGAGUGAGUCACUGCAACUUGUUUUUUAAAAAAGGAAGCCCUAGACCACACACCAUCUCAGCACUAUGGGAGGCCGAGGUGGGUGGAUCACCUGAAGUCAAGAGUUUAAGACCAACCUGGCCAACGCGGUGAAACCCCCAUCUCUACCAAAAAUGCAAAAAUUAGCCAGGCGUGGUAGUGUACGCCCAUAGUCCAGCUACUAAGGAGGCUAAGGCAGGAGAAUUGCUUGAACCUGGGAGGUGGAGGUUGCAUUGAGCUGAGAUUGCUCCACUGCACUCCAGCCUGGGUGACAGAGCAAGACUUAUCUCAAACAAAGAAAAAAAAAAAAGGAAGCCUAGCAUUUUGUAGCUUUGAAGCUGCUGGGGCUCACGCUGUCUCCGUGGCCCUUGCCUGCCCACGGAUGUGCCCUGGCAACCCACUCACAGUCCCCUGCAUGCUGGUUUGUAGAUACCCCUGCCAGAUCUGUUAGGCCCAGGUCUCAGUUUGGAGAAGGGUUAGCUGUCUACCACUGCUUGUCCUGUGUUCCUGUAAAGUGUGAUUUUUGGUUGCAAGUAUCUGGAACACAGAGGCAGAUGUUUUCCAGGAUGUUGACGAGGCUUCUGUUUUUAAGGUACAUAUGAUGGGACCCAAACUCUCCUGGAGACUUCCGUUUAUUUCCUGAACCAUGUACCUGUUUCAGGUACAUGUUUAUUCAAUGUGCAUGGAUAUUUAAGACUUGCUGGAGCAGGCCGGGCGCAGUGGUGUACACCUGUAAUCCCAGCACUCUGGGAGGCCAAGGCGGGCGGAUCACCUGAGGUCAGGAGUUCCAGACCAGUCUGGCCAACAUAGUGAAACCCCGUCUCUACUAAAAAUUGAAAAAUUAGCCGGGCAUGGUGGCAUGUGCCUGUGAUCUCAGCUACUCAGGAGGCUGAGGCUGGAGAAUUGCUUGAACCCGGGAGGCAGAGGUUGCAGUGAGCCGAGAUUGUGCCACUGCACUCCAGCCUCAACGACAGAGCAAGACUCCAUCUAAAAAUAAAUAAUAAUAAAUAAUAAAAGAUUUACUGGAGCAUGCAUCAGAGCUUCUCUGAAGAAAGUAAAAAAUUUUAAAGAAAAUAAUUUUUAAAAAAUUUACUAGAGCAAAUCUUUAUCCAUGUACAUGCCAGUUUUGUCAUUAGGUGCUUGGACAUGAGCCUGUUUUCGCACCUAAUAAUGAAUAACCAGGGACGUCAUCGUCAUCUUCUUUCCUUUUGUGCGUUUGGCCGUACCACGUUUAGGUACUAAAACAGCUUUGCUCACGGUGGCCAGGGGACGACUGAUGUUCCGUGCAGAAAGCCGGUGAUCGUUGGCCCUUCCCUUGUUUGUGGUCAUUGUGAGAUGCCGGCAUGUUGAGGCUUAAGCUGUCACUGGACUGGGUGUAAUACCCACUUCAUUCCUCCUCUCACCCGCUUACCUGAAUCAUGAAGGGCACUGUGCUCCAUUGAGAUCUUGGUAAGGUCAUCAUUUUAACUUGGAUUCCUCUGAGGGAGGUGUCGUGCUCUCUGGGUGCUGGUGGAUUGAGACCUCAAGCAUCGAUUCAACAUUGCUGUCGAAAAUAUGCACAAUUUUUUUCCACUUUAGGCUCCGAAGCCAAUUUUAUAGUUCGUUACACUCCAGUGAAAGAUACCUUCAUUUUUAAUGAAAUAACCUACAGUAAGUGGGUGUCACCUCAGGGUAGAACAUUAUUUAAAAUCUGAUAGAAAUCCUGGAUGCUAGGUUUGAAAAACUCCUGGUUUUCACUGCAUAUCUUUCACCUGCAUUUGGGCACGUCUUAACCCAAAAUAAUUGGGGGUUUUUGUUCCUUCUCUCACCCGCUUACCUGAAUCAUGAAGGGCACUGUGCUCCAUUGAGAUCUUGGUAAGAUCAUCAUUUUAACUUGGAUUCCUCUGAGGGAGGUACGUGUUCUCUGGGAAGCUUGUAGGCUGUUGGGAUUGGGCCUGCCCCUCCCCGCCACACCACAUCUCCUUGUUUUUGCUCUCUGUUGUGUGUGGAAAAGUGUGUUUGUACCGUACACCUCUGGAGACACCUUUUUAUGUCUUUAGGGCUCUAGGAUAUAUUAGUGCAACACUUCACUGAAUGUGAUGUAAAAACAUUCUGAGGAAAACUGGUUCUGUUAUAAUGAAGACUCAGUGUUUAACAUAUCUUAAUCAGUGUUAAUUUCCCACUGUUUCAGCAUCACAAUAAAUAACUUGUUUUACUGAGAACACAAAAUAAUCCAAAAAACAAAAGCAACCUGCCAUCUCUAGAUUGCUGGAAUUGUAGGGGCGUGUUGGGGUUGGUUUAGUGAUCUCUUCCUUGACACCCUAGCAAAGAUGCUUUUGUGGAGUGUAAACCUUUCAUAAAUGUACUUUCCAGGCUAAGUGCAGUGGCUCACACUUGCAUUCCCAGCACUUUUGGAGGCCAAGGCAGGUGGAUCACUUGGGGUCGGGAGUUCGAGACCAGCCUGGCCAACACAGUGAAACCCUGUCUCUGCGAAUAAAAAAAAUAGCCAAGUGUGGUGGUGGGUGCCUGUAGUCCCAGCUACACAGGAGGCUGAGGUGGGGAAAUCAGUUGAACCCAGGAGGCAGAGGUUUCAGUGAGCUGAGAUCGCGCCACUGUACUCCAGUCGGGGAGUGAGACCCUGUCUCAAAUAAAAAAGUGUAUGUAUAUAUACACACACUUAUACACACAUAUAUACACACCUUUCAAUACCAAUCGGCAUUACCUGCCCUUUGGUUUCUUUUGCUUUGGGUGUUGGCCCCAUAUCAUUUCUGGUAAGAGCACAGCAAUAGAAUUUCUGGAAAGCAGGCCUUGUGAAUUGUGCCUGUAUCUUCAUUCACAAAGGGGAGGUGAAUGCCAUAGAGAGGUGUUUAAUACACUUUCCCCAAAAACUAGAGCCUGUCUCACAUGAAGCCUGUCUCAUGCAGGAGUCGGGAGGCAGAGCUGUCAGGGACCUGGGACUAUGUCCAUGACUACGGUGGAGGUAACCAAGUGGAGCGGUUCCCUGUGGGGAACUGAGUCAGAACACAAAGUUCAGGUCAGUGGUUAAGAAGACUGAAACAUGACUUUGCAUGGCUGGAAGGGAGGCUUUGGGCAGCUCCAGUUGCUCCUGUGGCCCUGUGAUUCAGCAGGCUUCGGGAGCAGUUAAGAAUAACAGCUGCCAUUUAGGCAGAACCUAAAGACAUGGUUAAUGUCGCUUGUCGCUAGUGGAAAUCCUGAAUUGCUUCCUCUCUGUAACCGCUGCUACUUCUUAAGAUGCUUUUGACAAAUGACAUCUGCCUUACAGGUUGACACCUGGUAACUUCCUGAUGGGUUUCAAACUGGCUGACUUAACCAGAAAGCCAGCUCUUGCCAUCAAUCCAGCGUUAAAAGGAAUCCCUGAGGUUCCUAAGGGGUCAGCUGCCCCACUUCCAACUUUUUAUUUGUAAUGGUCUAUACCUUCUGCGACAUUUUUGUUUAUGGCCAUUUGAAUAGUUGGACUUUGACUCCUUACUUGUGAAUAAUAGGAAUAUAUUUUGCAGAGUUGAACACAAUACUCUUAAAAUUCAUACUGACAACCAUCGGUGUGAUGUGUAGUAUCUGGUGUAAACAAAUAUUCAGCAUAGUCCGUCGUGUUUUGCUUUGCCUUGACAUGUAGGAGGUGCACCAGUACCAGUUUCUCUCUUGUGGUGGCUUAAAAUGCUGAUUGCCUUUUGCACUGUCUGCUGAGAAGCUGUGGCAGCUCGUGGUAUUAUCGCCCAUGUGUUCUAACGUCUUUUUGCAGAGUUAAAGGUUUUAUUGUAGUGUCAAUUUAAUAUCUGCAUGUGUGUUUAAUCUCUGAAUACCGUGUAAUUAAGCUGAUUAACUGUGAUGGUGAUGAUGAUUAGCACACACUAAACGUCCAAUGAAGCAGUCGUUUCCCUCGUUAACUGGAAGUCACACUUGUGAGCUGUGGUACCCGUUAUCAACAGUGUAUUCACGACCAACUUCAUAUUUUGUGUAUCUGGUUAUCAAUUUUGGAUAGCAUUUAAUUUGGCGCCUAAGCUAAGUCCAUUUGAUUUGAAUAUAAUAGUGUGUGUGUGUGUACAUGGCGUGCGUGUGCACUUUGGUUUCAUGAGCCUUGGGAAACUGAUUCUACAAAUAUAUACAGAUAAACAUACCAGGCCUAUUUUUUUUGCAAAGCGAUAUAUACAUUCCUGUUAUUUAUUAAAUCACUGGCUUUGGUGUUACAUAGAGGUAUUUGUAGAUCUCGGAACAGAAUUAAAAUAUUGUGAAAAUUACAGCUUAAUAAAUGUUUAUUGUCA